AACGAGUUUCUGAAAAAUAAGAACCAAAAUGCAAGAAACAAAACGGUUCGAAUUUUCCAAUCAGGAGUAAAGUGGUCCAGCGGAAGACACUAGAAAAAAGUGGCGAGUACUGACGAGUCAAUUCAAGCUACUUUCAUCCUCCUCAGUGAAUAAACCAGCCACUGAAUACCGAUUUUCUGCUCUAAAUCACUCGGUGGAGAUAUUGCUGAGAAAUGGCUCAGUAUGGUCCAAGACUUGCAGUGCCCGUAGACUUGAAGAAGAAGCCGUGGGAGCAAAAAUACCCACUUCACAAUCGGUGGCAUCCAGAUAUACCCCCAGUUGCAGAGGUUACCUCUGGGGAACUUUUUAGAGUUGAAAUGAUAGACUUCAGUGGAGGUGCUAUCACCAAAAAUUACACUGCCCAUGAUGUCAAGCAUGUUGAUCACUCAACUAUCAAGUCGAACGUUUCCAGAAUAUGUACCAGUUCGUCCAUGGCGCCCCCAACUCCAAGACUGGUUGUGCCGGUAGACUUGAACAAGAAGCCAUGGGAACAAAAACUUCCUCUCCACAAUCGAUGGCAUCCUCACAUACCCUCUGUAGCGACCAUUAAUACUGCUGAAGUCUUUAGAGUAGAGAUGGUAGACUGGACAGGAGGUGCUAUUAAAGAUGAUAAUUCAGCACUAGACAUUAAACUUCUAGACCUCUCAACUGUCCAUUAUCUUAGUGGGCCAAUCAGAAUUGUGGAUAAUGAUGGCAUCCCAGCCCAGCCUGGAGAUCUGCUUGCUGUUGAAAUAUGCAACUUGGGUCCUCUACUAGGAGAUGAAUGGGGUUUUACAGCAACAUUUGACAGAGAAAAUGGGGGUGGUUUCUUGACAGACCAUUUUCCUCAUGCUACAAAAGCUAUCUGGUACUUUGAGGGAAUAUAUGCUCAUUCGCCUCAGAUACCAGGAGUGCGAUUUCCAGGUUUAACACACCCCGGGAUAAUUGGAACUGCACCAUCCUUGGAACUACUGUAUAUAUGGAAUGAAAGGGAGACAGAUGUUGAAGAAAAUGGAAUUAAGUCUUUCAAACUAUGUGAGGUUUUGCAUUCACGACCCUUGGCAAACUUACCUUCACCCAAAGGUUGUCUCCUUGGAAAGAUUCAAAAGGGCACUAUUGAAUGGGAGAAGAUUGCAAGAGAAGCAGCAAGAACAAUUCCAGGAAGAGAAAAUGGUGGAAAUUGUGACAUAAAAAACCUUAGCAGAGGUUCCAAGGUAUACCUUCCAGUUUUUGUAGAAGGAGCAAAUCUCAGCACUGGCGACAUGCACUUUUCACAGGGUGAUGGGGAGGUCUCAUUUUGUGGUGCAAUAGAGAUGAGUGGUUUCCUAGAACUCAAGUGUGAGAUUAUAAGAGGUGGAAUGAAAGAGUACCUUACACCGAUGGGCCCCACUCCCCUUCAUGUCAACCCAAUAUUUGAGAUAGGCCCAGUUGAACCAAGAUUCUCAGAGUGGUUGGUUUUUGAAGGAAUCAGUGUGGAUGAAAGUGGGAGGCAACACUACUUGGAUGCAAGUGUUGCAUACAAGCGAGCAGUACUUAAUGCAAUUGACUACAUAUCAAAGUUUGGGUACUCCAAAGAACAGGUGUACCUUUUGCUCUCUUGCAUCCCUUGUGAAGGAAGAAUAUCAGGAAUAGUCGAUGCCCCCAAUGCUGUGGCAACCCUGGCCAUCCCAACAUCUAUAUUUGACCAGGAUAUUCGUCCUAAAAAUAACCGGGUUCCACUUGGACCUCGCCUUGUAAAGAAACCAGAUGUCUUCAAAUGCACUUAUGAUGGGAACUUGCCCAUCACAAGGAAUCCUGGUGCCAUAUCAUGAUUCAUAAUUUUAACUUGAAAGUAGAAAUCACAAGAUACUGUAUAACAUAUCCCAGAAGUCAUAGGCUUUAUGCCACAAAAAUAAAGUUAACAUGGACAUUUGUAUCAUAUGAUGCUGCUAGCUAGACAACUGCUGGAAAUAUGUUAAGUGAUUUAUGGAUGUAUUUGGAUUAGUUGAUUUUUUAUUUGCUAUAAUUUAUGAUUAAAAAAA